UUUCCAUUUACAAAAUAAUAUUCAACGUAAAGUUCAAGUGAGUAAUUAAGUCUGAUAGAUAAUUCAAAUAUUCACACUUCAUUUCUUCUCUGUAGGAAUUGGGUUUUAAAACAAAUUAUGAACAAGAUCCUGUAUUCGCACAUAAUGUCAUUGAAUUCUGGAAUAUGCAUCAACGAACAACUGAUCUUUCCAUGCGCACGAAUAAUUCAGCUGAAGCUUGGCACUGUCAUCUUAACUCCAUCCUUCAAUGCCAGCAUCCUGCCCUUUGGGCUUUCAUUGAAAGUCUACAGAACGAAGAACAUUUUAUUCAUUGUCAAUUAAUUAAACUUAAUACUGGUCAAAAAGUUGAACCAAGUAAAAAGUAUUUAAAUUAUAGUAAACGUUUGCGUCAUUUAAUUACGCAUCCACAUCCAACCUUACUACAACAAUUAGAAGGACUUGCUCAUAAUUUAUAA